UGGAGCUGAUGUCAGUGUGUGGUCUGGGUGGGUCUGUGGAUAGUCUGAGACAGAGGACAGAGUCCACAAAUCCUCUCACUCAGGCUGGUGCACCGGUGCAGUGCACCCUGCAGGGCACGCCUCGUGUGUCAGCUUUCUCGAAGGACGGAGACUUUGUUAUUGGAGGCAUUUUCUCAAUUCAUUACCAACUUUAUACAGUGAUUUAUAAUUACACCACCAAGCCUGAGCCUCCCAGAUGCACAGGGAGCUUGAACUCUCGUGUCCUGCGCUUCUUGCGCACAAUGAUCUUUGCAAUUGAGGAAAUAAACAACAGUUCCCAGCUGCUCCCCGGCGUCAGUCUCGGAUAUCAGAUCUAUGACUCGUGCAUAGCGGUGCCGGUGGCCGCGCACGUUGCGUUUCAGCUGUCAAACGGCCAGGACCCCGUAUUUCUCCAAGGCGGGAACUGUUCAGAGUCUGGAGUGGUGGCUGCUGUGGGAGACUCUGGAUCCACUCCAUCCAUCAGCAUUUCCCGCAUCUUCCGUUCCUUCAGCAUUCCGUUGGUGAGUCCAUUUGCCACCUGUGCCUGUCUGUCAGAUAAGCAGCAGCAUCCGACGUUUUUCAGAACCAUUCCCAGUGACCAGUUCCAAGCUGACGCGCUGGCCAAACUGGUGAAACACUUCGGCUGGACUUGGAUUGGCGCGGUGCGCUCCGACUCGGAUUAUGGAAAUUAUGGCAUGGCGUCCUUUCUCGACGCGGCGCUCAGAGAGGGGAUCUGCGUGGAGUACUCUGAAGCCUUCUACCGGACCGACCCGCCGAGCAAGAUCCAAAGACUUGCUGAUGUGAUCCGAAGAUCAACAGCCGUUGUUGUUGUGGCCUUUGCGGCCUCUGGUGAUAUGAAGGUCCUGUUAGAGGAGCUGGCCCGGGACCCUCCUCCGCCUCGUCAGUGGAUCGGAAGUGAGGGCUGGGUGACGGAUCCUCUCUUGAUGAGCUUCGGUUUUUGCGCGGGCGCCAUCGGAGUUGCCAUUCAACGAGCUGUGAUCCCAGGGCUGAGAAACUUCCUCCUGGAUCUCUCUCCCUCAGACGUGGCUGCGUCCUCAGUGCUGACCGAGUUCUGGGAGGACGCGUUCAACUGCAGUCUGACAGAAAAUGCUUACUUGAACAAAAGAGUGUGCGAUGGAACCGAAGACAUUAAAAGGCUUGAGAACCCGUACACUGAGACGUCUCAGUUGAGAGCGAGUAACAUGGUGUACAAGGCUGUUUAUGCGAUAGCUCAUGCUAUUCACAAUGCGGUGUGUGAGGAAAGGAACGCCAUCAUUCAGUGUGACAAACUUGUCAGCUUAGAGCCAAAACAGGUCUUCACUGAGUUAAAGAAAGUGAACUUUUCCAAAAAUGGCUAUCAUGUUUCUUUUGAUGAUAAGGGUGAUCCUGUAGCUUUUUACGAGUUGGUUAACUGGCAAAGGAAUGAAAAUGGAGUUAUUGAGCUGGUAACAGUGGGGUUUUAUGAUGCAUCACUGCCGAGUGGAGAGCAGUUCCGUAUCAAUGGGAACUUAAUCUGGCUGGACGGUGGAACACAAGUUCCAGUCUCAGUUUGCUCAGAGAGUUGUCCUCCAGGAACUCGUAAAGUGUUGAGGAAAGGAAAACCAAUCUGCUGCUACGACUGUAUACCGUGUCCUGAAGGAGAGAUCAGUAAUAUGACAGAUUCUCCUGAUUGUUUCCUGUGCCAUGAUGAAUUCUGGCCUAAUCCGGAGAAAGAGGCUUGUUUCCCCAAACCUGUGGAGUUUCUUACCUUUGACGAAGUUCUUGGAAUCACUCUGGUUGUAUUCUCUGUUAGUGGAGCCUGUCUUACAGCUGCAGCAGCGGCGGUUUUUUUCCUUCACAGAACAACACCAAUUGUCAGAGCCAACAACUCAGAGCUGAGCUUCCUGCUGCUCUUCUCUCUGACUCUGUGUUUCUUAUGUUCACUAACUUUCAUUGGAGCCCCCUCUGAGUGGUCCUGYAUGCUGCGGCACACAGCGUUUGGCAUCACAUUUGUUCUCUGUAUCUCCUGUGUUCUKGGSAAAACUAUAGUGGUUCUAAUGGCCUUUAAAGCUACACUUCCUGGUAGUAAUGCUAUGAAAUGGUUUGGUCCWACACAGCAAAGGAUGACUGUCAUGUUUCUCACCUUAAUUCAGGUUAUAAUAUGUAUCAUUUGGUUGGUUGUGAGUCCUCCCUUCCCAGUGAAAAAUCUGACCACCUACAAGGAGAAGAUCAUCCUGGAAUGUGCGUUAGGCUCUGCUGUUGGUUUCUGGGCUGUGCUCGGCUACAUCGGCCUGCUGGCUGUGUUUUGCUUUGUGUUAGCUGUUCUAGCUCGGAAACUACCUGAUAAUUUCAACGAAGCCAAGAUGAUAACCUUCAGCAUGUUGAUAUUCUGUGCCGUCUGGAUCACCUUCAUCCCAGCUUAUGUCAGCUCUCCUGGAAAAUUUACUGUGGCUGUGGAGAUAUUUGCUAUUCUGGCCUCCAGYUUUGGACUGAUACUGUGUAUAUUUGCUCCAAAGUGUUACAUUAUUUUGUUUCAGCCGGAGAAGAACACCAAGAAAUUUUUGAUGAACAAAAACUAAACAAAAAAAUGACAGACAUUUUAAAACAAAACAGUAUAUUGGACAAUAUUGCACACAUAAGGAAUUUGGACACAUAAGGAAUUUUGAAAUCAUACUUUGGUUUAUGAUUCCACAUCUUUCCCUUCUGGUGUCUUUCUUCACUAAUAAUUCUUUAUGUGUAAAAUGAAAUAUUAACAAGUAUAA